CCGCCACUCUAGUUACGAAGCAUACCGACUACAUCUCCCUCGCACCAAACGGUACCAUGCAGAAUGAUCAGGACGAAGUACCUACAGCUUCCAUUGCUGUAUGGAUUGGUCUCACCUUAGCCACAUGUCUCUCGUUCUGGGGUCAGGCGGUGGUGACCGAGGAACGCUUUGUACCAGCACUCAACGUGGUGGCGAAUCUGUUUUCUAUCCCAGAUGAUAUCGCCGGAGCGACACUCAUGGCAGCCGGCGCGUCAUCCCCCGAGCUCUUUUCCUCCUUUGUUUCCCUGUUCAUCACUCAUUCCAGCCUGGGGCUUGGAACGAUUGUAGGGUCGGAAAUUUUCAAUCAGCUCGUGAUCUGCGCUGGAGCCGUAUACGCCGCCAAGUCGGGAUCGCUUCAGCUCAAUCCAGCGAUCCUGAUUCGUGAAGUCGGCUUCUACGCUCUCGGCAUCGGACUUCUAUACUACGCACUUCGCGAUUCGGCUCCGGAUCCGACUGAUCCUUCCGGAGAAAACCACAUAUACAUUUCCUUCGGCGAAUCAGCCUUGGUCUUUGGCGGCUACGUAUUAUACGUCAUUGUGUGCGCUAAUAUGGAAAAAAUCGUUUCUUUAUUCGAUAAGGGGACGACCAGACGAGACGGAAUGGCCCAUUAUGGUGCGAUAGGCAACUUUUCCAAACAUGUUCUGGUAGGUAGCGACAUCCGCCAUUCUGUAAAGAUUGACAGCCUACCUUUUCUACAAAACCAAUCAUUGGCUCACCAAGAGCCUGCAGAGAAUUUUCACGAAUUGUACUUGGGUAGGAUGACAGAAAGAGCAUCCAUAUUUCAACGAACAGGUUCUUCGACGAUAAGCGAGGAUGUAGGAAACGGGAGCUUCGGUGGGAGUGCUCGCGGGACAAGUUUGCUGGAAAAAUCUUUACGGCACACAGAUCUUUUCAGACUUAUGGUGAAUGAGGUUAAGCCUAGUGAUCAACACGGGCUUUAUGAUAUGGAGAUCAAUAAGGUGGAAGGGCGGCUCUCUUGUUUCAUGUGGCAACGUUCCUAUUUCUACAACAAGGCCCGUAUGGCUACGCACGGUUGGCACUUGCGUUGGUUUACUCUGACGAAUCACAAAAUGGUGUCCGUUCCGGAUAGAACUGAUUUUGAAAAACACCGCAUAGUUUAUCCUCCCUUCACUGAAGUUUCGGUUGAUGAGGCUCGUCUCAUCAUUCGAAUCGAAAAUGAAGUUGGGAAACGCAAUUUUUACAUCAUGGCUCCGUCUGCUGAAAUCCUUGCCACUGUGGUACAGAAAAUGGACGACACCAUGCAAGGACACGAAGAAGUUGAAAGGCGGGCGACAAAUGGUACAGGUGACAGCGAGGACCUGGAUGCUACAGAAGCGGCGGAAGAUCAUGUACCUCUCAUUGAAUUACCAGUGGGAGGUUCAAACAUGGAAAUUGCCCUAUUCUUCCUGCUGUUCCCGUUACGAUACUUGAUUCACCACACAAUUCCUGACGUCCGAACUCUAGACCAUCACGGAAACCCAACGGCUACAUUGCCAAAAGCCUUACUUGCAUCUACAUCUUGUUUGGUGUGGUUGAUUGUAGGGUCUUACAUUAUGGUCGCUUCGUUGGAAGCAUUAGCUGCCUUGAUGGAUAUCCCAGAUGCGGUUGUUGGAGUUACGGUGUCCGCUGCAGGCACUUCAUUGCCAAACUAUGUUGCAUCCAGAGUAGCUGCACAAAAUGGUUUCGGAAAUAUGGCCGUCUCCAAUGCAUUCGGGAGCAACACGUUCAACAUCAUGGUAGGGCUUGGGUUGCCUUGGAUGCUUUACACCAGUAUUGGUACGGGUUUCCAGCCAUACCACGGACUGCGCGACGAAGGCAUAUUGCAGAGUGUCAUCGUUAUGGCGUCUGUUUUAAUGGUGUUUGUUGUUCUUGUCUCACUUUCCAAGUUCUUGCUCUACCGGUGGCAUGGAAUUGUUUUUGUUAUGAUGUAUGCUGGCUACCUCGCCUUUGCCAUUGGCCAGGUGUAUUUGUAAGAGGAGGCGAGACUUUCCCUCGGAAGCCAAGCCAGCUGUAUUGUUCCUACCUACUGUUCGAUGCCGUCCCCAAACUUGUUCUGCUUUAUCCCGGAUUUUAAACGGGUGUAUUGCCAUUGCCUUGUUGACUGCCUGUGACGUUCUAUUUUUAAAAGGUGUGGCUGUAUACGAGAAUCAGAAUUUGGGCGUUUUCACAUAUUAAAAGUGUUGAAAAAGUUUUGAUUCAUCUGCAGGAUUGAUUGUGUUUUAAUGAUGGAAAGUGAGAUUGUUUCUAAUUAAUGUAAGAGAUAGCAAUAUUU